UUGCUUAAAAUCUUUCUCAAAGCUGAUGGGUGGGUCUUGCUCACCUCCUCUUCUGCAAAUGUUCCAAGCUUCGAGGAGAGCAGAAAAUGAAGGACAGGUUAGAGGAGCUCCGGAGCCGCAUGUAUGAAAAUGGGGAUUCUUUGGAUCUGGAUGAGACCCUCUCAUUUGACAACCCUGUUUUUCAAGAAGACGAGAGCAACCCCAUGAGUAAGGUUUUACAAGAAAUAAGCAGCCUCUCCUUGGCUCUGGAUAAGUUGGAGCAAUUAUCUGAGAACAUUGAUAAGAAACAGCAGCAGGUGCUUUGUUGCACCACGGAAGAAAGCAUUUGCGUGGAGAAAAAAGAGCUGAGCACCAUGAAAGAUAUUUUCACCAGGGAGGCUAAAGUACUCCAACCAAGACUCAAUGGCAUCCAGGAGGCGCUUGCCAAGGACAGCGGUAAGAGUCUGGCCAUCAGCCGAAUUCGCUACAGCCAGUUCUCGGUGCUAGUCAACCGCUACCGUGAGAUCAUCACCCGUCAUUAUGCCAAGGAAACCCACUAUGUGGAGAAGCUGAAGGAGCAGAUCCAGAGGCAAACAGAACUGGCAGGGUUGAGUCUUCAGGAGGAGGAUAUCAAGCGACUGGUGGAGAGCCCAAUGAUGCCGUGCAUUGUUGGCCAAGACUUGGAAGUGCUGAAAGCCAAGCAGCACCUCGCCAUGGCCCAGGUGCGCCACCAGCAGCUGCUCGACUUGGAGGCCCAGAUCAGUGAGCUACACUCCCUCUUCUUACACUUGGAGAUCCUGGUUUUAGAACAACAGGAGGUCGUCAACAGUAUUGAGUACAACAUUCUGCACACCAUUGAUUACAUUUCCCAGUCCAAUGAGGAGGUCAAGAAAGCCAUCAAAUAUGAGCGUCAUUCCCGGUUGUCUUCCAUGUUGUCCGCGCUCCUAGGCCUUUGUGCCUGUUGUACGUGCCUAUCGUGUAUGGCAACUCCAAGUGUGAUGCGCUGAACAAAAAAGGGAAGGAGUCAUUUCUUUCAAGGAGAAAGGGGAACCCUUGAUGACCGAGAGACUUCUGGAGCACUGGAUGUACUACAUCUGAGAACAAGUCAGUCUGGAUAAAGGGGGUUGAUGGAUGCGUCCAGAAAGGCAAUGCUGGCCUGGGUUCAGUUGAGUAUUUUGCUCUGUGUUUCAAAGCAAAAGAAGAGAUCUGCUGAGAUAGGAUAUGGGUUCAGCAGAGCUCAGCACCCUUUCUGUUUCCAGCAGCAUAUGACUCUGCUUCUGGAUUGCUGGUAUGCAGGCUGUCAUGAUCCCAUGUCCUAGUUGUAGGUUUUAACUACUAGUAUUCAGCUGCCUUCCACACCAAGAGAUUCUGUUUUGCUAAGCCUGGCGAACUGUGGUGAACAGAUGUGUUCUCCUUGUAUUCUGUUUUGGGAUUGGUGUGCUUUACAAGGAUGCUAGGGCAUUGAAAAAGCUGUUGUCUCAUCAGCUCCUGGACCACUCAGUCGACCUGAAAGUGACAACCCAGGGGUUAUCAUGAGGAACCUUUGACACAUAAUCCUGGAUGUGUGAUCAUCACACCAACCAUGAAGGAAAAAUAUCUCUGCACAUGCUCAAAUGUACUCUCUGAUCUUUGAUAUUUUUGUGUGUUCCAAAAAUAAGGCCUUGCUUUCAAAACAGGCUUAGAAUUGAAGCCACCUGUUUCAGGAGGCCCCAUUCAAACAAAAGACAGUUAAUGGAGUCUAAAUGCUUCAGCAAAGUUUUACAAGGAUUGGUUUUAGCAGAUGGUGGAAGACACCCUACAAGUAACAAAAUACCUUGAGUUGCAAAACAGGUUCUGUGGCAAUGGUGCUGAUUCCUGAAGUUGCUCCUAAUAUUCUUGCAAUUUCUCUCCCAUGAAUUUAAUCUACACUCCUGUGAAGAAACUAGUAAUUUUUCUCUCUGAGAAAAUGAGAUCACUCUGUCAUAUGUACACAAAUAAUGAAUGAGUUUGCUGGUUUUAGUUCCUGGAUGUUGUAAUGCAGGGUUUUACGUCUUGCUUACAUUUCACCCAAAUAAUUUCCAGUCUUGUUAUCUCUGACAUUUGGUACAAUGUAGAGGAUGAAUUAAGGGUGUUAAGGGUUGCAUAAAAGUUAAAGGGUGUGGGGUUAUCACAGCUUCUUGGUCGUCUUGCACAACUGGAAUCAGCUUUCAUACUGUUUGUCUGUUUUCAUAAUGUGUGUCUUUGAAAAGCAGAGGGGGGAGAUGAACUACAUUGGGGAUAAAGGACCAAUCUGUAAUUGCUUGUUUGUGUGUCUAGAAUCCAGGGACUGCCACUGCCGAGGCACUUGUGUAAAACAAGAGUCUGGGGUUUUCUGUGGGGAUAAUGAUGUUAUUUAAGACUGGGAAAAGGGGUAAUUCAGUCAAAGUUUAAGAACCACUGGUCUAGAGUCCAAACCCUGCAUGAGCAGUGCUGAAUUAUACAACUACACAGGUCUGUUUAUGGCCAGUUUUUACUUAUACUCUUUAGGUAUAGCUAAGGUCAUUAUCACCAAAUUCCCUCUAGUUCCUGGGUAUUCAACUACAAACUGAAAUGUUCCAGCAGUCCAGAAUUUGGCGCUCCUGUGUUGUGAUCUUAACUUUCAGAAAACUCAUGGAUGCUGAAGGAGAAUUCUCACACUAGCUGGUGAGGGGUGUAAUCUCCUUAAAAGGUGUUUCCUACAUCUUUCCCUAAUCAUGUGCUUUAUUAUUUAGGAGAAUUUCUUCAAAAUAAUUCAUACCUGUAGGUUCUUUUCAGAAAUAAGGGGCUUUUUGUACAGACUUCCCUCUAACAUCUGGUGUCCACAAACUGCAUGGCCAAAUUCGGAGAAUUUUGAUGGAGACUUGAGUUCCGUUGCAGUCUAAAAGGGUGGAAUUUGACACAAAUCUGCAUUCCGAGAAACCAAGUGACGGAGCUGUUGCCUGAUAUGUGCACAUCACUCCUUCCUUGUAUGAAAACUUUAACCUUGCCUGUUUCUAACCUAUUUAUACAAAUGUAGCAGGGUGUCCUUUUCAGACCAAGAAAGGCAAAGAAAAGUCCUAUACAAGAAUCUCUACAGCCUGUCUUCAUUCAGGUCCUGAUAAGAUGCACGAAGGCCCCCCAAAGCUGUCUUUUCUAAGGCUCUGAAUCUGCCUUGCAACGUCUCCACAGUUUUCUUCCCCCCUGAAAUGGCUUUUGUUUUACUACCUCAUACUAGCUUUAGAAUUUAUUCUGAUUUAUUUUGGUGGUGCUUGUGACUUUGAUUAUUGGAGGUGGUUGAAGGUGUGUCACUGUGUGGGCUGGUUUCAGUCACAUCCCUUUCCAGAGUUCAGAAACUGCUUGGGCUACCCCAAAUAACUGCCCAUUCCCUGUCUGAAAAAGCUCCUGUGGAGGAGCUGCCUUGUAAUUCUCGUUCCUGGGAAAUUAAAAGAAUGCACAGGUUGCCAAAAAGGAUGCUGAAAUGAGGAUU